AUGUCAUCUACAAAAUAUCUGACGAAAGAAUUAGAAAAUUAUGAUUUAGAUAUAAACCUUAGAUUAUUAUUCAAGCAGAUAAAACAACUCACGAGCUCACACACAGCUAAUAAUAAUCACCAAGAAUGGUUCGAUACCUUAGACAAAGUUAUACAUCAAUUAAGAUCUUCACCAAACUCUAUUGCCUUCCAUAAACCAGUCAGGAAGUUUGAAGCACCAGAUUACCACCAGAUUAUCAAACAUCCGAUGGAUUUAUCGACGAUUUCAAAGAAAAUAAAGUCAAAGUUGUACUCAAAUAAGCUGCAAUUUAAGUAUGAUCUUGAUUUGAUUUGGUCAAAUUGUUUGGUUUAUAAUGUAGACCCGAAUCAUCCUUUGCGGUCUCACGCUAUUCACCUUAGAACAAAAUCGAAUCAGUUGUUAGACUUUGUAGCCCACUCUCCCGCAACUACACAGGAGGAGGACAUUGACGACGACGACGAAGGUACACCUCUGCCCUCCAAGUUCCCUCACAAGAAGAGGAAACUUGAUGAUAGCGCAAUACCGACGAAGAAACAAUCAGAUUCACCCCAGCCAUUCUCAUUGUCACAUCCUUUUUCUAACAGCAAAGCCAUUCUCAGAUCGUCGUCUCCUCCAAACCAGUCUGAGGAUCCCUAUCAAUUGUUCUACACACAGGAUGACAAGCUACUCACUUUCUGGAAUACACCGGAUGGUGAAAGCUCACUAACAAAUUUCAUCCCUUCAACGCCUUCAGAUUGGAUUUUUGACCGUAAAUUACAAGUCAAAGGCGAUGUAUCAACACAACAUUCAACAUUUAAUCAACAUCUCAGUAGAUUUUCUCAAUUGAUAGAAGGUACUCACGAGGAUAGACACUGGGGAACACCCCUGUUAUCCCCAUUGGAUGGUGAAGUUGGUGAGAUUGAUGAUACACUCACGAUCGACAUCCUACGGAGGGUUACAAUUGGCCAUCUAGCUCACGCUGGUUUUGCAUCAUCGUAUGACCAGCCGUUAGAAAUUCUUGUAGGGUUGUUACACCGUCGCCUCGGUGAUAUAGCACACACUCUCAAGGAACAUUCCGAGUUGUACAGUGAUACACUAUCACCAGCUCAAAUUAUCGAACAUACUCUCACUGAUCACUCAACUUCAGUAGACAGCCUACGAAACUUCCUCGAGGAUGACAUGGGUGAGGGUUAUACCAACAAACUCGAUCACAGGAUAGCCAAUCCGUUUAACCCUGUUGACUUUAAAGAAAAAAGUUGUGAGUAA